AUGCGUCCGCCCGCCGCAGAUCUCCUCCCUCCGUUUCAGUCAGUUCAGCCGGAUUUUAUUUUUUUUUUAGCCUCCGAGUUGGUUUUUUUUUUUUCUUUUCGUUUGUUUGUUUUUAAUCUAUUUGGAAAUACAGGAGCAGAGGGCGGGCAACCACCCAGUGACUCUCCACAGCCGCCCCCAACCGCGGGGAGAGAGGCGCUCGCAGCCGCCACCGCCCCGCUCCCGUCACUCCUCAUCCCGGCACGGAGCGGGGAAGCCGCGGCUGACGGAGGUUAUAGUGUGAAGAAAGAUACAUAUGGUGCUUGCAUACGCACUCUACGAACAAACAGGAUGCUCACCAGAACCCCAAGUGUUGUUGCCCAAGUGUUACUUUUUCUAAGCAUAGUUCUUGUCAUUGCUAUUGCAGUGAUUCAGAUAAAUCAGCAACAGAUCCUCUCCCCAGGGCUUAAGUAUGGAAUAGUCCUUGAUGCUGGAUCCUCUCGAACUACAGUUUAUGUCUAUGAAUGGCCAGCAGAAAAAGAAAAUGACACAGGAGUAGUAACCCAGACCUUCAAGUGCAAUGUGAAAGGCCCUGGUAUAUCCAGCUAUGAGAGUAGCCCUGGAGCUCUUGCCAAGCCCUUUGAUGACUGUCUGAAUAAAGUCAAAGAGAGAAUACCAGCUCAUCUGCAUAAAAACACUUCUGUUUAUCUGGGGGCUACAGCUGGCAUGAGGCUGCUGAGGUUGCAAAAUGAAUCGGCAGCCAAUGAAGUCCUUGCAAGCAUUCAAAACUACUUCAGAGCACAACCUUUUGAAUUUAGGGGUGCACAAAUCAUAACUGGGCCAGAGGAAGGGGUGUAUGGAUGGAUAACGGCCAACUAUUUAAUGGGCAAUUUCUUAGAGAGAAAUCUUUGGAGAACAUGGAUCCAUCCUUACACAAAAGAAACUGUGGGUGCACUGGAUCUUGGAGGAGCUUCUACUCAAAUUUCAUUUAUCCCAGAGGACUCUCAGGAGCACUUCAAUAGCACUUUGCAAGUGAAGUUGUAUGGUUAUAACUACAAUGUCUACACUCACAGCUACCAAUGCUAUGGCAGAGAUGAAGCUGAGAAAAGGCUUUUAGCAUUGCUGCUCCAGAAAUCAAAUGCCAGUUCCAGUGUGGAUAAUCCAUGUUACCCUCAAAACUAUAAUACAUCAUUAACGAUGAAGUACUUCUCUGGCAGCCUUUGUACACAGUCUCUGAGACCAGCAAAUUACUACCCAAACCAGCCUGUGAAUUUCCAUGGAACAGGAGACCCAGGUCUGUGCCGCGAGAUGGUUUCUUUAUUGUUUAACUCCACUGCUUGCAGAGACAGAGAAGACUGUCCUUUUAAUGGAAUGCAUCAGCCAAAAGCUAAAGGGAAUUUUGUGGCUUUCUCUGGAUUCUACUAUACAAUUAAUGCUUUGAAUUUAUCUGGGCACUUUUCCCUGGAUGACUUCAAUUCAAGUAUGUGGUUUUUCUGUUCACAGAGCUGGACACAGCUCCAGUUUAUGCUGCCUAAAUUUGAAGAAAUAUAUGCUAGAUCCUACUGUUUCUCGGCAAAUUUCAUUUAUUACUUGCUUGUACAUGCUUACGACUUUAAUGCAGAAACUUGGCCACAGAUACAUUUUCAAAAGCAGGUUGGUAAUAGCAGCAUAGCAUGGUCACUUGGUUACAUGUUAAGCCUCACGAACAUGAUUCCAGCAGAAGGCAAGCUGAUCCAAUUACCCCUGAAGCCUCCUUUGUUUGCUGGGCUCCUCAUCUUCCUCACAGCUACGGCACUGUUGUGUCUCCUCUUCCUUGUUUACUUGUGUUUUGUAUCACAUAAUCGGAAGAACAUCACUCGUGUUGAGCAUGUGUUUAUCCCAGAAUGAAUGAACUUUACUGAACGCAAAGCAAAAAUUUUAUAGUGCUAUUAAGCUAAGUAGGAGUUCAUUUUGCCCUCCAUUUUUCAAAUAUAAAGACAAGAAAAACGGCUUCAGGACCAGAAGCAUAAAUAGAGAAGAGACACAAAGGAAUCUGUGAUAUGGUGAACUGAAGUGCUUUUGAAGUAUUUUGGCAAUUGUUUCUGUAAACCUAAUUUGUCCGGUGUGCAGCAGAGAAAAAGUGGGCAGAUGUGUCACUUUGCUUUAUAAGGGAUUACUAGCCUUUGCUGCCAGGUAUGUAUUAUUUUUUUGUUCAUUAACUCUGUGCUAACUGGUAAAGUCAAGUGGUGAUGGAUUUUAUCACAGCGUCAGUUGUUUAAGAUAAAAUUAAGUCAGUAGAAAUUGUAGGAGGUGGUAACAUGGUAGCUGUCCUUGUGUGCAGUGCUGACACUAAAAGCCCUGAAGUAAUCUAAUUUCUGAAACUGGAACAAGCACUGGAUAAUGACAAGAAUUGAAAGGAACAACUGUGAUAGAAUUGUUUUUAUUGCUGUUCCAAACAGAUUGAUCCCCACCACCAGAAUACCUCUGCUAUUGUACAUAAGAUUUGCUUUGAAGGUGGAACAAAAUGCUUUCAUGCUUUAGUAACUGAACCUAAAUUUAAAUGUCUCAUAGUUACUUCCAGAAGCCACUGGAGUUUUCAUUGUCCUUUUCUCUCUGACUUUCGCAGAAAUACUUUUGGUAUGAUCUCAUACUGAAACAUUGACCUGUAUUCCUCACAUAUUGUCUGUCUCAGACAGUCGCAGUCCAUACUGAUUUGUCAUGUACGUAUUAUUUCAGCUGUCUGGAUAGAGUGUCAGAUCUGGAACCUUCCAAAGCAUUAACAUGUUAAGCCCUUCAUUCAAGGCCAAGACAAACAGGAGCCACUCUGCAAGUCAGCAGAACACCUUUUCUGUAGUGGGUUUAGGAACACGUUUCUGAAGCUGCAGUCAUGGCUGUAGUGCCUUGGUCAGGCCGUCUACUGUCCUGGCCUCAGCGUUCCUCUAGCAGCAUUGGGAUCCACCUAGCAGAUGGUUCUGCCAAACAUAUUAACUUCAGAGCUUUUCUGGAAGUGCUGCUGCUUUCAUACAUCAAACAGCUGGCUUCCUGGAAAGCCCAGGCAUUCUUGACAACAAAAUCCAAUAAAUCAUAAAUCAUAAGAUUACAAUUUUACUCACUGCUUGAUUAAUUCUUCAUGGUCUUUUACCUGCCUGUCGUUUGUAGAGCCUUGGUGGUCUUCAGCUGGCUUCUGAAGUAACCCUUGAGAAAGUCUCCU